GGACCGAAUGAAUCAGGUGGAGCACUUUUACUGCUGCUCGAGUCCAUGACAUGGGGAACAUCCAUCUAGUGCAGCAGAACAUCUCAGAAGGGGUGUUGGAGAACCACAGAAGAGAAGAAAGCGGUACAGUUCAACAGAUGGACGGUGACAGGGAUUGUUUAUUGUCUUCACAUAAGGACAUGGGGAAAAGUGGAACUAGUUCGAUAUCCUCCGCCUCAUUUAAUUUCAUCAAUUCCAUUAUAGGAUCUGGAAUCAUAGGUUUGCCGUAUUCCUUGAGUCAGGCUGGCCUCCCAAUGGGUCUCCUGCUGCUUAUUCUGGUUGCCUUCAUCACAG